AUGGCACCUAAAGCUAAAUCACCUUUGGCAACACCUUCAAAGUCCAGUCAAGUGACUGUUCCCCUUCCCCGCAAGGCUUCCGAGGAUGUGCUCUCGAAAGCUCAAGACACAGAUACAGAACCUCUUCCAUCUGGAACAUCAACUCCGAAAUCCAAUUCUCGCAAAUUAGCGUAUCCCCUUCCUACACAUAUAUCACCCACAACAAUCAAUAACACAGAAUCUUUACUUCGUUUCGUGAUUUUAGCCUUGAUAUGUGGGGCUGCUAUUGGAAGUAGAUUAUUCGCUGUUAUCAGAUUCGAAAGCGUUAUUCACGAAUUUGAUCCUUGGUUUAACUUCCGAGCUUCCAAAGUCCUUGUUAACGAAGGUUUCUACGAAUUUUGGAAUUGGUUCGAUCCUACAGCAUGGUAUCCUCUUGGUCGUACUGUUGGAACAACCCUCUAUCCGGGUUUAAUGGUUACUUCAGGAUUGAUUUGGCAUUUCUUGAGAUUGAUCAAUAUGCCCGUUGAUAUAAGAAACGUUUGUGUCAUGUUGGCACCUGGAUUUGCAGGAUUAACAGCCUGGGCCACUUAUUUGUUCACUACUGAGAUGUCAACACCCUCCGCCGGUCUGUUGGCAGCAGCUUUCAUCGGUAUCGCACCAGGUUACAUCUCUCGUUCAGUAGCUGGUUCUUACGAUAACGAAGCUAUUGCCAUAUUCAUCCUUAUGGCUUGUUUCUACUCUUGGAUCAAAGCUAUGAAGACCGGAAGUGCUCUUUGGGGUAUGCUCACUGCUUUAUUCUACGGUUGGAUGGUGGCUGCUUGGGGUGGAUACGUCUUCAUUACCAAUAUGAUCCCCCUUCACGCGUUUGUCCUCAUCCUGAUGGGUCGAUUCAACAACCGACUCUACACCGCUUAUUCGUCAUGGUAUGUCAUCGGUACUAUCUCCUCAAUGCAAGUUCCUUUCGUAGAGUUUUUGCCUAUCCGAACUUCCGAACAUAUGGCCGCAUUAGGUGUUUUCGGUCUGUUGCAACUCAUCGCCUUUGUCGAGAUCGUUCGACGACUCGUACCAGGAAAGCAAUUCCAACUUUUGCUUAGAGCCUUUGUUGUACUGGUUUUCGUGGUCAGUUUCGCUGCUUUAGUAGUCUUGACUUUCUCGGGAUGGAUCGCUCCUUUCGCUGGUCGAUUCUAUUCGCUCUGGGAUACUGGUUAUGCCAAAGUUCACAUGCCAAUUAUCGCUUCCGUUUCUGAACAUCAACCUACCGCUUGGCCAUCAUUCUUCUUCGAUCUCGAAAUGCUCAUCUUCUUCUUCCCCGCUGGUGUCUUCUGGUGCUUCAAAGAACUUCGAGACGAACAAAUCUUCAUCAUUAUCUACGCUACACUUUCCGCUUAUUUUGCCGGUGUCAUGGUUCGAUUAAUGCUCGUUAUCACCCCUGUCGUUUGUGUCGCUUCUGCUAUCUCGUUCUCCAAGUUGCUCGAGGCGUACAUUGACCCUAUCAUCCCAGAAUCAGAAGAGGAAUUAGAAGAAGCAACAGCUCAUCAACCCAUGUCGAAAGCCAAAGCGAAGAAAAUCGCUGCUGCCGCUCAACAAAAUAAAUCCGAAUUCAAUUUCACCGGUAUCUUGGGUGGUAAAGGUGAAAAGGGAAUUUUCGGAUUAGAUACAAGAUUUGCCGUUGUUUCAACUUUAUCAUUAUUCCUUUUCAUAUUCGUUUACCACUGUACAUGGGUAACUCAAAGUGCAUAUUCAUCACCUUCUGUUGUUUUGGCAUCAAGGAAUCAAGAUGGGAGUCAAAAUAUAAUUGAUGAUUUCCGUGAAGCAUAUUAUUGGAUCCGACAAAAUACAGAAAAAGAUGCUGUCAUCAUGUCAUGGUGGGAUUAUGGAUAUCAAAUCGCAGGAAUGGCAGAUAGACCGACAUUAGUUGAUAACAAUACUUGGAACAACACACAUAUCGCAACUGUAGGAAAAGCAAUGUCAUCAAAUGAAGAUGUUGCUUAUCCGAUCUUGAGAAAACAUGACGUAGAGUAUGUUUUAGUGAUCUUUGGUGGUUUAUUAGGUUAUUCAGGUGAUGAUAUCAACAAAUUCUUAUGGAUGGUGAGAAUCGCUCAAGGAGAAUGGCCAGAUGAAGUUCAGGAGGUCAAUUAUUUCACCCAAAGAGGUGAAUAUGCUGUUGAUGAAAGAGCAACACCUACAAUGAAAAACUCUCUCAUGUAUAAGAUGAGUUACUAUAGAUUCCCUGAACUGUUCGGUGGACACCCAGCUCAAGAUAGAGUAAGAGGUCAAACGAUCCCUUCAGCACCUAUACAACUUGAUACACUAGAUGAAGCGUUCACAUCUGAAAAUUGGAUUGUACGAAUUUAUCAAGUAAAGAAAGAAGAUCCAAUAGGUAGAGAACUAAGCGCAGUAUCAUCGUUUGAAAGUGGAAAGAAAUUGAAGAGAUCUGCUUCAUCAGAUACUGCUGCUGGAGUCAAGAAAGGAAGACCAAGUAUGUAG